AUGGCUCAUGAGACCAGAUUGCUACUGUCAGUCUGCAUUCUGGGUAUUUACAGCGUCGACGGCAGCCUUUUCCCAGAACCUUCGACGUUUACAGGGAGGAUUUGGAAUCCUUCGUCGCGAGUUGUCUCUGAGAUCCCAACAGGUAGGCUUUCGUUGCAGGCAUACAAUAUUUCCCAGACUCGCUCUUUCAGCCGCACUGUCUCGAAUGGAUCUUACGGCCUGACCAGCACCAUUACCGCACCUCCUCCUGGGACCUCAAAUACUCUGGAUACUGAUGAACAAGAUGGACUUUGUUAUCUUGGAAACCAAGAUUGCACGUACACCGGUAUGACAACAACCGUUGUCGGACCGGACCAAUCUCUACACCUCAAUGAUGAAUGUUUGCUGUGGAAUACCUCCUGUACUGAGAACAAGACAUUAGCUCUCGACGAGCUCUUCGGUGGCUCCUGGGGUGCUGGCACCUUAGCAUUCCUUCAAGAGAACGAGUGCUUCGUCAAUCCUCACAACACAUCGUUGGAUUGCAGCAAAUAUGUAUCUCAAGACGUCAUGUUCGAAUUCGCUGUCAUCAAAGAUUGGAUGAGAUCACCACGAUGCUUGGCGAGUAUUGCGGAGCAACAAUUGAUGCAGGGACAAACUUCAGUCCUGUCUGCGCUUCGAACCACUUGCUGUGAUAUCUGCUUCAUCAGCGCGCAGAGCGUCGACGUUUACUACUGGCCAGAUCCUGACGCAAUCACAUCUUGUCUUACCAUUAUUGGAAACGACGUCAAUCCACCCCUCUAUGGUGCCACAACGGGCUCGGCAACAACGUACUGGGGAUGCACAGUUCAAGGUCCUUUUUCCGGGCCUUCCUAUGUAACCACUGCUCUACUUACGAGUAUCGGUCCUGUAACAUUCAAAGAACCAUCAUGUCUUGAGCAUGCCAAUGCGAAAUACAAUGCCAGUACUUCUCCCUCUAUCUACGCCAACCACAGUAUAGUUGCAGCGGAUUACUGUGGAACCCGGGGAUCGACGGGAGAUAUUCCAGCGAUAAUGCUCGCCUUCUCUCCUGGAGAGCUUUCGACGAUGGCCGGGCCUCUCCAUGAUACGCUCCACCCAGCGACGAGUCAGUUCAAUUUCGCCGAUUUGCCUUGCCCUCCACAGAGCGUAAUGGAAGCGAACUGGUACAAACCAGCGCCUGACGAACCGUACCGCCCCCUCAUCGCCAUACCUAGCAAAGUCUUGGAGAUAGACCCCUGGUUUGAAAAAUUCGCUCUGAGACCAGCAACAGCACUUGCGCCUAUCGUCAUUGCCAAAGGUCCUCAAAGCCCUCCGGUGGUGCCGAUACCCAGUCCCACUCAUGACCCUGGAGCCAGAAAGACUGCCGUAGGCAACGAGCAGAUACCUACACCUACGCAAGGUCAGAGUUCGCUUUUGCCGGAGAAGACAACAGACCCAAAGCUAGGUCUUGGCCAAAGUGGAUCCGGUAGCGACUCUAAUGAUCAGGGUGGCACUGGUGAGGAAUCUGACCAAGGAGCGGAUCCAAGCCAGCGGAGUAACCCAAAGCGACCGAAAAACGCAGCGGGAAACAGUGGAGAUCCCGGACUAGUGACAGACCCCAGCUUACCGAAUGAUCCAAAGCAAUCGAGUAAGGUAUUGGGAGGCAAUGGAGAUCCUGCGCCAGGCACGAACCCCAUCCUGCCAAAUGACCCAAAGCAGCCCAAUGAUGCAAAGGGCGGCAGUGGAGAUAGUGGAGAAGUAAACUCUUCGAGCAGCCCAAGUGAUCCAAUCUUAGACUCAUCUGCGACCACAAUAUCAGUUGGUGACCACAAUGUGGUCGCCGGCACUUCUGGGGUCCAAGUCGAUGGUGUGCAAGUCAAAAUUGUAGGGCCUCCAGCGACAAUCUCUGGAGUCGUUGCUAUCAAUCAAGGUAACAGCAUCGUGAUUGCCCACCAGAUUGUACCCCUGUCUACUCCGGCUGCUCCUGCCACAACAAUCGCUAGUCAUGCAAUUACCCCUCUUGCCGACGGCGUCUCGGUCGACGGCGCUGUGAUUACUGCUGGCGCAGCUGCCGUCGCUAUUGCCGAUUUUCCUCCAAUCUUUGUAUCCGGCACCCGUGUAUCCCACGGCGCAUCUGCUCUCGUUAUAGGCACCAGCACAAUUGCUAUCCACCUAUAUUCGCUGCGCACAAUAGCAGGCCAACCGGCGAAGCCGUCCAGCGGCUCUAAUGGCAUUUCCGUCGCCGGUACGAGUCUUACACCGGGUGCGCCGCCUAUCACCGUGUCCGGCACCCCCAUAUCGCUUGGCUCCGUAGCCCUCAUGGUAGGCAGCAGCACUGUUUCACUGCCAGCUGAGGAGACAACGCCAUUCAUUACCACAGUCGCCGGCAAGGCCGUCACCGCCGCUCCAAAUGGUGUCGAGGUCGCAGGCUCUACCCUGUCUUCAGGGGCUCCAGGCGUGACCGUCGGCGGAAUUCCAGUAUCCCUGGAUCCAGCUGGUGAGUUAGUGGUUGGCUCGAAAACCACAGCACUUGACGGUCCGAGGGGAGGGGGGUCGGGUGGCUUUAUAUUGGAGGUUUUGGGUCAAGGGGACCCUUUCCGUCGCCAGAAUCUCCGUUGGUCCCAGGAACCAACACGACUCCGGGUUCGGGAAACGGUACAGCUUUCGGUGUGCAACCGUUCCCAGGAAACGCACGUGGUUUCAUGA